UACGUGGUGAUAGUGUUUGAAUGUGCAUGAUUUGAUUAAAUUUUCAUUUGUAAAAAAAUGUAAUUAAAGAGAUUAAUCUAUAAACUUUUAUAAUUGCGUUUUCUUAAUUAGACCUUAAUCUUUGGAUUAAACCCUUAAUUGGACCUAUAAAAUGCAUAAGCAUUUACCAAUGUUAUUUGACAGAUCAAAGCACUCGGAAUGGUAUUUAAUUUCUGGCAAACUAUAUUAUUAUUUAUGUGCAUCGAAUAAAAUUGGACGCAAAAUUGAAAUUAAAAAUAUAAUAAGCUUUGUAAGAACAGAUUCUGGUUUUAAUCAUUACUAUGUGAAAUUGAUAAUGUCACAUAUGAUAUAAAAAUAUUAAGAACAGUGUGUUUCAAAACGUGGAAUACAGCAGAGAAUUGUACGUUAAGUCUAUCGUACGUUAGUCAAUGGCCUGCGUUUGGAAUUAAUAGUGUCUUCCCGUCGUAAAUCACGUUUUUAUCACAUUUAUUUAUCUAAUUUCUUGUUUUUAAAACAUGACAACUCUUAGGCCUUUCACAUGCAACGAUUUAUUCAAGUUCAAUAAUGUUUAUGGGAAAAGCAGAAGGACAAGGGGAGAACUGGCAUGGUCACAUAACGGCUCUUACAGUUUCUCCUAAUUACAGGAGAUUAGGUUUGGCUGCAAUGUUAAUAGAAUUUUUGGAGAAGGUUUCAGAGAAGAAACAAGCGUAUUUUGUAGAUCUUUUUGUAAGAGUUAGUAAUAAGGUAGCUAUCAAAAUGUAUCAACAAUUGGGAUAUAUUGUAUACAGGACUGUUUUAGAAUAUUAUAAUGGAAAUCCAGAUGAAGAUGCUUUUGACAUGAGAAAGGCACUUUCAAGAGAUAUAAAGAAAAAAUCAGUGAUACCACUAACUCAUCCUGUGAGACCUGAAGAAAUAGAUUGAAUUUACAUUAUGUAUAUUGUUAUAGAUUUAAUGUACGAUUUAAUGACAGGUUUUAUGGCCAGCUUAAAAGAUAUUUAAUUGUAAUUACGAGACAAUGUUUUUAAUAAAUAGACUCUUAAAGUAUAGA